ACUUAAUACAACUCUAAGACGUUGUUUAUAAUUUAACACAAGUGCUAAGUUAUUUGUAAUCAAUGCCCUACAUUUUGAUAAGAGGUAAUCUCGCUUCUUAUGGGCAUAAAAACCCGUGGCGUGUGUUGGUAUCCGGCUUAAAAGCCGGGGACAUAGAGCAACUAAAACGUUUUGCUUGUGGAGGAUAUAGUGAUGACUCGACUAUUGUGUAUCUUCAACACCCUUGUGUCAUACUUAGUGCUCUAGAGGUACUGGGUUACAAGGUAGUCGCUUCCAGUUCUACUGCAGUCAAACAAGACUACAAUGAAUACAUGUGGACUAUGAGAAAGGAGUUUUCAGAGCCCGAACCAUCAAUUAUUGUGGAACAAGAUAACAUUACCAAUUUUAGCAAGGAAGCUAUGCACUAUCACCACUCAAACAAAGACGACGAAGUUUAG